UACUCAGUGCUUCGCAUUUAGAUUUCCCUUCUCUUCUUCAAUCUUUUCUGGGUUUAUUUCCCCUGGUGCGAAAGUUUCAUACAUAGUAUAACUUCCGGUCGAGUGACUUUUCUAGUUUCGGUCUUCUUUGAAGACCCUUUGAAGACGUCAAUCUUGUUUUGGCCCACUAACGUGAUGUGUCACUGAAGCGCGUUAACUAGUGAAACAAUCUUAGCUUGGACUGGAGCAAAAACGGAUCAGAAAGCUGGCAUACGAAUGGAGAAAGCAGACCAGAAAAUAGCAGAUGAAAGAAGCUUCGUGGAACUGGGAAGUGCCGGGAGGACUGCACUUGGACCCAAACAGAGCAAACAAGGACACCGCCGUAAACGAACGGCGUUCACAGCCCGGCAGCUUGAGAAGAUGCAGGCGGUGUUCCAGUGGAACAAAUACCCGGGGGUAACUGUACGUGAGGCGUUGGCUACCGAACUGGGAAUAAGUGAGGCGUCCGUACAGGUCUGGUUUCAGAAUCGCCGAUCCAAAUGGCGGAAAAGAGAACAUAACAAGCGACCUAUUCAUCGUGAGAAGGAGUUUGACGCAUGCUCGUUUUAUACCCAUAACACCGCUCAACGUAGCUGGAUGCUUCCGCAGGCGCACAAUUACUGCUCAUGUCAAAUAAAUUCUCAAACGAUGUUUGGUGCACCACCAGUUUCAGCUGCCCUCAUGCCUGCAGGCUCGACUGUUCAUAGCUCUCUUAUCACUUGUGCUUCUUUCUACUCAAAUCACGUGCAGCCGUAUGAUCAAGAGAAAGACAAAAAAGACGCAGAACGGAUUGACCAAACACCUUUCAUGUUAAAAUCUGGUGACGCGUCUAUGAAAUAUGUUGACCUUGACCAAGUUCCUAAAGUGAGGAUUGAGGCUAUUCAAAGACAGCGUUCAGCGGAUGAAAUUAUUGGUGCAAAUGGUCUUCUGUGUAUGUGGGGGACAUCUUCUACAUCCAUGUCAAGUAAAUAGUUAUUUAGUAGUGUUCGGUUUUAGUCUGUUUGCAAAUGCUGAGCACAUACAAAUAUUUGCGACAACUAUAUGUUCUCGUUUCCGUUAUGGUUUGAAACUAAGUGUAAUCCAAGCUUGUUUGCUGAGUCUAAGCCUUGCGUUGAAACUAGGGCCAGCUAGCCGACUUAGGGUUAAGGUUAUUGCUGCUGGUAGUUAAGUUAACUGAUUAUAUUCGUUUAGGAUUUUUUCCUGGCAUUACAAUAGCUUACCUGAGCAAAAGAAAUUCUGCUGUGCUGAACGAUUUCCAAGUAGCUCAGUGGUGAUUCAGGACACACGAUAGCAUUGCAUCGUGUUCCUUCAGAGCUGCAGACUGAUUUUAUAAUAACGUGAAGUGAACAUAUUGAUUUUAGAGCGAGUUUGAAACUUCACUCUGCAGCAAUUUCACCGGCAACCCGAAGCUAACAUCAUAAUAAACAAAACCGUUCCAAAUGGGGAAUGCAAAUUCUUACCUUAAGCUGUCAUAUACAUCCAUACUUGCCAAGCAUCUGGUUGCAUGGAAAGGACACAUUUACUCUGUCUUUUUUAUACCAGACUUCUUAAACAUUAUUCGUUCGUUCACGAGCAUGAUUUGUCUAGUGUAAUGAAGAAAGCAUACAUUUGUCCCCGCUCUUGUUCGAAACGAUGAUCAACUCUGGUCAAGUAGAGAGAAGGAGGGUUGCUAACUAGGUCAUAGUGUCUUUGAUGCAUAACUCUGUUCUCAGAAAUAACAUUUAGGCUAAGGGAGAUUUUUAGCGAUUUGUAUGGAGAAUUUGAAUUUUGAGCUUGUGACUUACUGGUUAAUCUCGAUUCAGAGAAACGCGAAUGUGGGCAGAGUAUUUACAUGAAAAAGCGUUUCGGUUAAUUUUGUGAUUGUUUGUCCCUCCAUUUGAAAUUAUUACUUAAAGAACUGAUAGAAUUCAGUGAGAUGAUGGAUCAGAUAUUUACUCAACUAAAAAGUAAGAGCAUAAGUAAUUACACUGUCGGAUAUUAACUGACUUCUAGAAUUCCAACUGUGCAUAUUCCGAGUCAGUAGAGAUAAGGUUGACUCAGGCGUAAAAGUCUGGCUUAAAUCUCAUGUGCAAAAUGAGUUAUUAGUGGUAGAUACGAAAAUAAUUUUCUGCCACAAUAGAUUAUUUUCUGAUAACAGCGUUGGAACAAGUCAACAACUUAAAAUAAGCGCCUGCAACAGCUCUCUUCUUGUCGAGCAUAAGCUAACACUCGUUCAUGUGAAAAGUAAAUAUGAACGCGGAAAUAAUAUAUUUUCUUCAAAGACUGUCCGCAUUUGUUUACUUCGGGUUGUUUUAUCUGUGUUUUAGUACUUACGGUAAAGGUUUCAUCGCUAAGUGAACAACUAGAUGACAACAUCGACCAUGCAGCUAUGACCAUGAGCUAUUGAUAGAUUGUAUUUUUUUUUUUUAAUCAUUUGCAACGGAGAGGUAAAAUAAAGAUCGUUUUCAUUUUUCUAAGGUA